CACAGCCACAGGUCCUUUCAGUUUCAUCCAACCACAAAAAAUCUGGUGACAUUUUACACAUCUAAUCUAAUCUAAUCUAACCCAAAAUUCGACCAGUAAUCAAUGCCUACCUGAUAAGUAACAUUGCCAUUUCUUUUAUUUCCAUGUAAUCAACAACUAAACCCCUAGAGCAAACCAUGUUUGUCUUUUCAGUUGUUGAUUACAUGGGAAUAAAAGAAAUGACAAUGUUACUUAUCAUGUAGGCAUUGAUUGCUGGUUGAAUUUUGGGUUAGAUUAGAUUAGAUGUGUAAAAUGUCACCAGGUUUUUGGUGGUUGGAUGAAACUGAAAGGAUCUGUGGUUGUGACAUACCCAUAUGGCUUUUAUUUUACUGAAAGUUUGAAGAAAAUGGUUUGUGUUAAACUAACAAUUGCAUGCUUUCUGCAGGAUCCACUUAUAUACAUAUAAGAUGGGUAACGUGUGUUGUUGUGUCCAAGUUGAGGAACAAAUGGUAGGCUUUACGAAGAGGUGUGGAAGGUUUGACAGAACUCUUCAACCUGGGUGUCAUUUUGUUCCAUGGAUUUGCGGAUAUCAGCUCGCCGGGAAGCUGUCACCCCAAUGGCAGAGUUUGCUUGUGAAAUGCAGAACAAAGACCAAGGACGAUGAUUUUGUCAAUGUUGUUGCAUAUGUGCAAUACCGAGUCCAUCCAGAAAAACGAUAUGAGGCCUUUUACAUGCAGAGUAAUCCAAGACGUCAGAUCCAGGGAUAUGUGCUCAAGGUGAUCGGAGCUAUGGUUGCGGUGCAAAACAUGGACGAAGUUUCUGGGCAGAGGGAUGCAAUUGCCCAAGCUAUUAUGAAAGAAAUGGAAAAGAUUGUCCACUCUAGACUUCUUGAUGUUAUUAUGAGAGAUAAACUGAACUGGAGUUCUCUAAAUUUUGCAGCCUGUUGGUCUCAAUGGAUAUGAGAUUCUGCAAGUCCAAAUCUGGGAUGUAAAAUUGGAUGAGGGACUUGAGCGAGCUGUGAUUGAAGCCAAGAAUGGUAACCUUGAAAUUACAAUUGCCAA